UCCAGCUCCAGAACGACUGAAAGUUGCGUCAAUUUGGAGGGAGGGAGAGUGAGAGUGGUUGCAGCUUGUGAUAGAAACACGAGAGAGAGGGUGUGUGAGUGGUUGCGGUUUCUGAUAGAGACACAGGAGGACAGAGAAAGAGAGAGAGCGUGCGAUGGCAGUCGCUAAGCAGGGCGAGGUGGUGGGAAUCUGCACCAGUUACCAGGCGGUGAUGCCCGGUUACGCCGGAAUAGCGGAGGAAUUCCCGCAGUCGCUGCACCGCCAGCUGCAGAAGAGCAAACUGAAGCAGCGGAGACCCCGGGAGGCCAGGUUUAAGACCCAGCCCGUCACCUUCGACGAGAUCCAGGAGGUGGAAGAGGAAGGCGUCUCGGCCCUGGAGGAGGAGAAAGCUAAGAAGUCCUUUCUGCAGUCGCUGGAGUGUCUCAGGAGGAGCGCUCAGAACUCGCGGGUCCACAAGUCAAAUUUGAGCAACUCGAAGCUGAGAUACAGCCUGGAUUCGAGCGACUCGGAUUCCGCGCAUUGAGAUCAGCACCGUUUGACCAGCCCACUCACCCCUCCCCAACUCCAAACAAAAGCACUGUACUUCAUAAUGAAGUUAUUUUCGAAAUUGUAUUUUGUAAAAAAAAAAAGUCUAUUUUCAAAAGGGAACCUUUUAUGCUUUGGCUCGUGGGAACCAGGAAUAAGUCUGAUGUAAGAUGUCGUUUUGUGCUCGGAUUUUUGCAAAUUGUGGGAUGAAAGCUCCAAGCCGAACCUUUUCCUUCCACCCCCCUCCCCUCUCCCUCUUUCUAUCUAUCUAUAUAUAUAUAUAAAAAUAUAUAUCCGAGAAACUGGAGAGCGAAACAUUUGAAAAGCGAACUGGCAAAAUUUGUGCCUUUUUCAUGUGGGGAUAUCACUGAAGUUGGAAUACGGCGGAUCUAAAUGCAGCUUAAUUUUGUUUUUAUUUUAAACCGGUUGUUUUCUACUCGGCUUUCCGAAUAAUUAAAACGCGAGAUGUAAUAUCCAGUUAGAAAUGUCCCGUCCCACACCUUGUCGAAUUGGAGAGCAGAUGCUCGAGUGUUUCGAGGUCUGAGAGUCGCUGAACUCUUGCCAAAUUUCAGCUCUGUAAUGCUUUUAAUACUUAAAAUCGGUAAUUUAUAUGUUUGUACUUUUGUGAUAGCUGCGAAAAGUUUAGAUUGUGUAAUGCCUUGUGAUUAAUAAAAUCGAUGUACACGUAACAUCUUUAAUUAUUAAAAAAAAAUGUUUUUUUGGGUUAAAAAAAA